AUCCCUCAUCCUCGUUUCAUUCUCCGCAGUUUCAGGCUCGGCUUCGUCGCUCAUCGCUUUGAUAUUCGCGCUCUUUGGCGUUUUCAAGUCGACACCACGCAGAAAUACCGAAUCACAAAAACGGGGCUUUGCUUUCCGUGAGCAUCUCGAGAAAAUAACCGAAUUGAAUCCACCUGCGACACAACCCAGAACGCGGAUACUGCGGAGUUUUUCUCUCUCUCUCUCUCUCUCUCUCUUUUCUUGCUUUGCUGCUUCAUAGAAAGAAAUAAAUAAACAAACAUGAAAACCAAAUUCAUCAACGGGGUGUCGUCGUCCCCCUCCAUGUCGCUGGGCCUCCUGGUGACCGCCAACGCGCUGCACGUCCAGCCCGACACCCAGGAGGACUCCAGGGAGCUUGUGCGGCCCGAGCAGCCGGACCCGGAGACCCGCCGCAAGGCUUAUCUGUGGUGCAGGGAGUUUCUGCACGGAGCCUGGAAAGGACUGGCCGAGGAGGACUUCGAGAUCACCGUCAUAAGAGGUGGUCUGAGCAACAAGCUCUUUCUGUGCAGCCUCCCCGACUCCGUGGGCUCGGUCGGGGACGAGCCGAGGAGCGUCCUGCUGCGCCUCUAUGGGGCCAUCCUGCAGAUGUCCUGUAAUAAAGGGGACUCCCGACAGUCAAACAAAGAGAAUCACUUCCAAGGAGCAGAGGCCAUGGUUCUGGAGAGCGUGAUGUUCGCCAUCCUGGCCGAGAGGGAGCUGGGUCCGAAACUCUACGGCAUUUUCCCUCAGGGCCGCCUGGAGCAGUACGUCCCCAGCCGUAAACUGGACACCUGUGAGCUGAGCGACCCCAGCAUCUCCGCUGAGGUGGCGCAGAAGAUGGCCAGGUUUCACGGGAUGAGGAUGCCCUUCAACAAGGAGCCAAAGUGGCUGUUUGGGACCAUGGAGAAGUACCUGAGCCAAGUCAUGAGGCUGAGCUUCACCAGAGAGUCCCACCUGCGCCGCUUCAACAGCAUGCUUGCCUACAACCUGCCGCAGGAGAUGGAAACGCUAAAGUUGCUGCUGGAGUCCACACACUCCCCAGUGGUGUUCUGCCACAACGACUGCCAAGAAGGAAACAUCCUGCUCCUGAAGGGCCGCCACAGCUCAGACAAACAGAAGCUGAUGCUAAUCGACUUUGAAUACAGCAGCUACAACUACAGGGGCUUUGACAUCGGCAACCAUUUCUGCGAGUGGAUGUACGACUACACCUGCGAAGAGUUUCCCUUCUUCAAAGUUGACACCCAGAACUACCCUUCAAAAGCCCAGCAGCUUCACUUCAUCGAGAGCUACCUGCGAGAGUCCGACCAGGGCUUUGACAACCUGAGCGAAGAGCACCAGAUGAAGCUGAAAGAGGAGCUGUUUGUGGAGGUCAACAGGUUCUCCCUUGCAUCUCACUUCUUUUGGGGCUUGUGGUCCAUCAUCCAAGCAAGACUGUCAACCAUUGAGUUCGGAUACCUGGAGUACGCCCAGGCCAGGUUUGACGCCUACUUCCAGCAGAAGAUGAUCUGGGCCGCCUAAAGCAGCAGGCGACCGGGUGAUUAGACGACACAUUGAGCCGAAACGUCAGCAAGAGGACACAAAGGCUGAAAAAAAGAUGAAAAGAUCCACGCUUUACCUACUCUCCCCAAUCUUUAGAGGGGAUUCUGCUGCCUCGUGUUGGUGUUUUGUUGACCGAAGCCAAACCUUAAUCCGACGGCCAGGCUCUUGAAUGCCACCUCCAAAUCAAUCGCAGCUCAAAGUUUACAAAUGUAGCGACACAAAGGCCAACUGGAAAAGGAAAGGCACUGACUUCUACUAACCUUCAUUGCCGCUCAGAUGUCCUCUCUGCUUCUGCUGGGCCAUACUGCUAGCAUGAUGAGACUGAGUAGGUGAACGGCAAACUUGGGUCACUGCUGGAGCGGAAAUGUUAACAUUGCAUCAAUGUGUGUGUAUCGAUCAUUCUCUGAUGGAGAUGCUCUAUGGGAAGGAACCAAAACUCUGCCUAGUUUUGCUCACUGAGGCAGCCAGUUGCUAGCUAAGUGUAUUAUAAUAUAUUAUAUAGAGCUCAAUGUGCCAGUAGCCUGUUAACCGAUGAUGGGCUGAAAUUAUGACUUGAUUUAUAGAUUUUUCUGUACACUUUUUCUGUGAUUUCCUUUUUUUAUUAUUAUUAUUUGGGUGUGUUUGUCAUUGUCAGACCAGGACGUUUUAAAGAUGUGAAUACUCGAAUGCAUAAAAAGUUAUGUCAGUUUUGCUUUGUGACGUCCUUACUAAUCAUACUCACAACUGGGCUUUCUGUUUCUCAAAGCAGAAGUAUGGAGUGUUAACAGUGUUUUGUUUUAUUUAAGUGACCAAUAGAUACAACAUUUCCUGAGCCAAAUACCUUAGUAUGUUUUUAUGAACACUGCUGCUAAACGCCACAUUGACAGUUGCGUACUAGAGCCGGCUUUACGCAGAGCGCUGCUUCUUUAGUUUUAACGAUGGAUUCCUGGUGAUUGGUCACUCGUGUGUCGACACAAGUGCCUGGUGCCACGCUGCCUCUUCAUCGCACUCUUCACCCAGAGUAAUGACGCUGGCAGUCGAGGCAUCAAAGCUAACCUGUUUUGCACAAAUCAUUAAAGUAAACAUUGUAAAUAUUUACAGCGACAAGGAGGUAGCGGAAAGAUUUCUGCGAUUUGGAGACCUGGGUCGUGUUAAAAGUUCACGCUCGUGUUAAAAUCAGUGUUUUCAGUCGUGGUGAAAAUCGUACUGCGUCUGAUAACGGAAAUGAAAGCAGAAAAGGGCAAACGGUCUCUGAAGUUUACCUCGACUAUUGCUCUGCUGAUUAACACACCUGGAUCCAAAUGUUGAAACCGGAGGAAUAUAAUCACUGCACUAAAUCAAUGGAACCCAAACACCCAAUUAUAUAUGUGUUGUAGCUAAAUGCAAUAUUUAGUUUCUUGUGUUUAGUUGUUUAAUUGGCACACUGGGCUUCCCUUUAACGUGGUUCCUACAAUGUUGAAGUUUGUUUCCAUUCUUAAUUUCCAUAUUUUGUUUUUUAGUGAAUAAAUUUUUUUUAUAUACUUAACAGAAAAUCUGUAUUACUUCAUGUUUAAAUAAUUUUUUGUUUUUUUAUUUGUCAUUUCAUUUUGCGAAAUUAAUAUCACAGCCAUAAGUGUUUUGCUUUUUAAGUCAUCAAAAUCUGCAGAUGUAUUCAGAAAUCAGAAUUGGACAUUUCAACUUUUUUUUUUUUUGCAGUGCUUGAGUACAGAAUUUAAACUGGACUGUUUCCAGAACUCGGUCUACUUCAGCUUAAUCAGGGAAUGGACCGAACAGCUACGUUUUAGUUGAUACUAACUGAAUAAAUGCAUCAAAAAUCCAAACUGUGCUUUGUAAAAUCAGGAAAACCAUCACCCCUCUUCCCUGUUUAAGGCAGUUUUAACCUUUUUGACCAAAUUAACAAAAACUUUCAUUUUCCUCAACUUAAAGAUGACUGCUUUUUAAAUCGGACUAUUUAAUAAAGGCUAAAGAAAAAGCUAAUCAUGACAAAGAUAAUUAGCCUGAAUGUUGAGACACACUACAGCACUGUUUUUAUUGCGUUAUACCUCUAAACUAACACAGAAUACUCCCUAUGGAAAGUUAGCAUAGUCCUUUUUCUUCACAUUUUAAAGCUUUUACCCACUUUGUGAACAGUUCCUUAUUUGGGACAUGCUGACAGUCGCUAUUGCUGGUCUAUAGUCCAAUGCCAUUAAUCCACCAUCCACUCUGUGAAAACACAUAGCCUACAUCAAGAUUUAAACAUUGACUUUGUCAUUUCCUGCUUCGCCUCAUUCCUCAUAUUCAUAAGCGAAUACUUUGGUGGGCGUGAGAUUGUCGUCAACACCUCUGAGCACUGUGAAGCGUGACGGCAACUGAUCACUACACCUGAAGCUGAAAACUAGAUUUGAAUGGCCAUUGUGGCACUUUUGAAAAGCUUAUUAAAAGAAAAGAAAAAAAAAAACAGGGUUUCUGAACUGUGACUUUGGAGUUAUUUAAAUGUUAGUUGUACUUUUGCUUGUGUAUUUAUAUUUACUUUUUAAUGUGUUUUAAUAUUUCAUGCACUUGAUGUCCACCGUCAGAAUGUGCAAGGGGUUGUACUGGACAGAUAUUUAAUUGUUUUUGUUUUGUUUUUUUUUUGACGGUACUGGCACAUCUUCACUGUCUGUAUCACUUGUGAGACUUCCUUUAAGCUAACCCGAAUUAUUAUUUUUGUUUCAGACAUCGCCUUUUGCUCCUUUGUUUCUCUUGUAAUGUCGCUGUUUAUUUAAAAAGAAAAGCAUCUUGAUGCAUUCCAUCCAUGUUUUGUUUUUUUUGUGUGUGUGUGUUUUUGAAGUGGGAUCACACACACACACACAUUUGGACCUCGAGGUUGGCUUUUAAUGGUCCCCUCGGUCAAACUGUAACUAGACCCUGGUCGCCGAACAAACGCACCCACUCUGUACAUAUUUACUGUAAUAUUCUCUAACAAAUAACAAGUAGAAGAAAAAACAAGAUAUUCAAAGAUAAAUAAUGGAAAAGUUUUAUCCUGUCAUCAUUGCCGGUGCGCAGCGUUGUGAAAAAGUAUCAUCCCCUCACAGAUUUCCCCUAUUUUUGCCAGUUUUUAGCAUCAAGAAAAGGAAAAAAAAAGGAUUUUUUUUCUUAUGACAUCGGAAAAUGUAAAGAGUGGUUGAUUUUAGUCAUUUGUGAAAACUAGCAAAGAAACGCCAGUGUUUGUCCAUUUCGGUCCUCAGGGACCACCGCCCUGCACAUUGAAGGUGUUUCCCCUCUUCCACACACCUGACUUAAAUAAGUGGGAGAUUUGCAGGCUUCUGCAGGUGGCAGGACUUUACAUUUCAGUAAAACACGUUAAACCUAACAACUGGUCGUGCCCACCUUUUGCAGGAAUGUCUUCAAAUCAGCCCGAAUGGCUCGUUAAAAGUCAUGCCGCAACAUUUCAAUGUGAUUCAAGACUUUGACUAAACCACUUCAAACCCUUUUGUAUUUUUUACCUUUUUUCCAAUUGGCUAAUGUUAGUCCAGAGAGCUGUUUCCCCACAAAAACGGACCCCACAUCUGAAAUUGUCUUUUUUUAUUAUUUCUAUUCAGACUGUCAUUGUCUGGCAAUGAAAGUCGGAUCGUCUUCAUCUGAAAGCAAAUCAAAGGAAACCUGCAAGAGGGCCAAUAUCUUUUUCGCUGCGCUGAGCGUCGUGUUGUUGUUCUCCUCGUUGAUGAUGACCACAAAUCUUCUGUGAUUUUACUCACCUUUGUUAUCUAUGCAGCUGCAACUGAACGCGUAUGUACUCACAGCGACUCGCUUCUGUAAUCAGAAAGGUUUUUGUUAAACUGCAGCAGCACUGAAAUGACUGUAAAUCUAUGCUUUGCACAAAUAAAACUGAAGAGACUGAGAA